GUAAUCAAUCGUUGGCUUGUAAUUUUCUUCAAUCUACAGACGGAGCAAAUACGACGCGCCAAUCGCCUUUUUGCCUCGGACAGCUUGUUUUUGCGUCAAUUUUUAUUAAUUCCAGUGGAUAAGUCGUCGCCAUAUUACCCGAAAAUAGAUGAAAAUAAUCCACUGGAAAUUAGUUCCAACAACACUGAACUACAAAACAACAAAAUCACAGAAAAUGCCGUAAAUAAUGUGAAUGCAACAGAUGUACCAGCGAUCUCAGCUGCGGAUCCGCUUGGUGUAUUCGCCGCAUCAACUAGUAAUUCAACAAAUAAUCCACGUCCAUCCACGCUGCCAGCUCGUCCAUAUUCAAUUGCCGGUGAAUUAUUAGUGCAAAACAGCGACGAUGAUGUAACGAUGAACAAUCACAGCAGCAGUACUAAUAAACAGAGUAAAUCGUUAGACUCUGUGGUGGCCAUGACGCCUGACGAGGAAAAUCGUAAAUGCAUAAAUGAGUUUUUAAGUAAAAUCGAUUCAACCAUAUCAGAAUCGCGAAAAUAUGUGGAAAGGUCUAAAGAGUGA